AGUACACAAAAGAUUCUUGGGCUUUUCUCAAAAAUCACAGGAAUAUGUAUCAUGGCUUGGAUAAGCAGACAAUAGAAUUGAUGGAAGAUAUUUUAUCCAGAACAGAACUGCAAGAAGAUGAUAUUGGGAUCUAUACCUUGGGGCUUAAGGCUCUGACAGUAAUGUCACCACAUGCAAAUAGGGAUAAUACAGAAUUGGAAAACCUUCAGAUGGACCUUAAUGCCAGAAGAAACUCUCAUCCUGCAAAGAGUUGCUCUGAUCAUUCAGAGGUAAAAACUGCAGUGUCCGUUUCUUCAAGUGAAAAGGGAUGCAAGUUUAAAGGGACACAGUCUGAAUUUAUUGGAGUUUGGAAAGAAAAGUUGCAACAAAAAGACAUGGAAAAUCAACAGAUUGUUCGGUUACUCCUCCUAAAACACCAUGAGCUGAUAGAAAUUUCAAAGCUAAGGGAUGUGGAGACCCAGCUCAUGAGUGAAAGGCUGAAAUGUGAAGAACAGAGGAAUUUUGAGGUUACAAUGAAAUUUAACCACGUCUUUGAGGACAUGAGGGAACAACUUUCCAUUUCCAAGAGCAAAAAUGAACACUUCAUCAGGCAGCUCAGAGCAAUCCUGGAGAAAUAUGAGCGGCUUAAAAGACGUGCUGACAAUAUUAAGAAACAUAUUUCAGAGGAACGUACAGAGAAAAAGAGUUGUCAAAAAGCAUUAAAGAAGACACAACAGAUGACUGAAGAGUUACUAAUGAAUCAGGCUCUUCUGGAGGAACAGAGGGACAAUGCAAAACAAGAGUUCUCUGAACUCAGGAACAACAUGAAGACAAUGGAGGAACAACACAAUAAACUUGUUAGGACAAUACAGACACUUGAAGACGAGAGAUUAUCUAUAAGAGCUGAUUGUGGGAACCUUAAAGAACAGUUAAGUGAUACUCAAAGAGAGAAGCAGAAGCUCAUACAAGCACUUCAAUCUAAAGAGCUAGAAAAGAAACAAGCAGAAAAAAGUGUGCAGGAAUCACAAAAGAUGCUUAAACAAUUGCAUGAAGAACUUGAUGACUAUAAAAUGCAAAAAGAAACUGCUGAGGAAAAGCUGGACAAAAUGAAAAAAGAAUUAAAACUAAUUCAUGACAGGUAUAAAGUGAAGACACAUCAGCUACAGGAACAACACAAGUCCUGUAUGGAACAGUUACAAGCUAAGAGAACAGAGUGCGAGGCUUUAAGUGACGUUGUCUCUAAAUUGAAAAAAGACAACCAUGUGAUUCAAGAGGAGCUGCAAUGCCUACAAAAAGAAAAGGCCAAAUCUGAGAUCGAGAACAAAAGGGAGGGGGAGAGAAUGAAAGAGGCUGCGAGUCUGUUGGAGCAUGAGAGAAAGCUGCUUCUGGAUGAAAUGGAAGACUUGAGAAAGGAUUACUUUAGUCUCAGUGAUCGCAUCACACAGAGACUUGAACAACUGGAACAGACCGAUGUACCCAUGUGCAUCACAGACAUAUCGUCUAAUCGUCAAAUCAGAACCAUGACAAAUAACACAGCUGGCCAAAUCACAUCAAAUAUGGACAUGAUAGAGCAUAUAAGGAGGAAACUGGAGGAAGAAGAAAUCAUCCAGCAGAAAUAACAUGCUUCCAAAGUAGAUGUUCCAGAGCACUGUAACACAUUUCUGAACAAUAUCAACUUAACACACACUGUUUUAACAUUCUUGUUACGUUUGAGAAUGAAGGAACAAUAUUGAAGCAACACAGAUGAAACGGCCUUAAGGGUGUGCAAACUUUUGCCCUCAACUGUAAAUGCAGAUGAAUAUUUGUAAACCUUUCCCAUGUGUUAAAAUAGUGCAGUGGGUCUGAUUUUUAUCUUAAUGAGUAAACUUAUGUGGCUUACUGCUAACAUAAUCAACAUAUCCCACUUACAACAGCCUCUAAAUUUGGCACUACUUUGGAGUGAUACACAUUUUAAUACAAAAAUAAGUAUAAACAAAUACAUCUAGCCAGCUUCUACCAAAACAAGUCAUUUAUUAAAGUGACCAAUAAUCAUAUGUCUAUGACUGACUUCUAAGCAUAAUAGUAUUUUCAGAA